AUUCAUGACUGGUUCGGAGAAACACGUGAUGCCAUUGAAACUUCUUCCUCAUUUAGCAGGUCGCCAAAUUCCCCCCACCCCCCCCAAAAAAAAACAAGCUGAACUAUUGAAUUUUACCCCCUGCCCUCAAAUUGCCAUGAAUCAAACGCGAGCAAAACGCCAGAUGAAUUCUUACUCUGCGAAUUCAUUUUGCAAACAAGAUCAAAAUGGUUCGGGUUGUGCCACGAAGGGUUGGAGGCUUGAGGGAUCGACAUUACAAGGCCGGCUGAUGUGUCCUCCCAGGUACUCUUAUCGUGGGUUGGAUAUCAACAUCAGUUUGCCUGCCUCGCGUGUUUCACACUGCCAGUCAGCCGAGGGGGCAAUAUCAGCAAUCGCCGGCAAUCGCCCAUUUGCACCGGCCAUGGGAGAUUCGGUGGACGGUCCGGGCAGCGAAAGGAGGCAAUCGAAGGCGGAGGAGGUUACCCCUAAUCCUGGGAUUUACUGUCAGACAACGAGAGGCAAAGGAGUCGAGAAUAGUCCCCAAAUCGUCAGGGAACCCAGCCCAAAAACCGGAGAGACACACAUGCAGAGGGGACAGACUCAACAGCAACCUCGGAUCUAUCCCUGGAUGACCAAGGUCCAUCUAAGCCAUGACGCCCUGAGCAAAGCAGAAGGGAGGCGAUCCAGGACUUGUUAUACCCGAUAUCAGACCUUGGAACUCGAGAAAGAAUUCCAUUUCAACAGAUACCUCACGCGUCGGAGGCGGCUGGAGAUUGCCAGCAAUUUAUGUCUGAACGAGAGACAAAUUAAAAUCUGGUUCCAGAACCGGCGAAUGAAAUGGAAAAAAGACACGAAAACCAAGAGUGGGGGCAAUCGAUAGAGAGCCCGGGGGGGUGGGGGAGACGGGGGAGUAGGAAUAUACUUCUUUUUGCUGCUGUCCAAAAGAAAACCUCAUUUUUUUUAAAUAAAAAAAGUCUUACUCAUAAAAGAGGUACUAAAAUGUCCAUUGGACUGGACUGUCAGCGUUUCAAAAGAAACUUAAAUCGCGGUCCUACUCGUGCGAUUGUGGGAGGAGAGAGCAACAAAAUGAUAGCAAUUUAAAUCUCCAAACAAGGACAAUAUCUGCAUUCAUCUUUAACGAAAUAAUUAUCUGUGUAAGUUUUAGUCUAAGCUACACCACUAAGACCUCUACUGUAGGAGGGAGCCUCCCAAAAUUGCCUUUCACAAAUGUGUCCAGGUUUUACCGAUGGGGGUGGGGGAGAGGUUGGUGCGCACACACGGAGUUAAAUGUUACUUCGCCUGUUUGUAUUUAUCGAUUUUUUUUUGGAAGGUGCUUUUUUCUAAUUUAUGUCUUGUUGAAAAUAAAAGCGGUUGGUUUCCCAAA